UUCUUAUCGGAUUUGAGGCUGAGCUUAAUUGUUUUACUCGUUUUUGUUUUUGUUUUUGUUUUUUUCAAUUGCCUCUUGAUGUCCCUCGGAGGGCGACGAGCCAAUCAAACCCGCACUCUCUGACGUCACGAGGCCAACGUGACGAGCUGAUUGGUGGGAGCAGGGCGGGGGGUACAGCCCCUGUCCUUUUAUAGACGACCCCGUACAGCGCGUAAAAGCUACUGGGCACAGCUGACAGCGCCGGAGACGCACAUCGGACACAGUUACGCACACAGUCCUCUGAACGGGCCGCUCGGAGGUGCAUGGCCCCAUCCCCUUGUGUCAUGAUGAAUCCUGUGCAGGGGUCCCAAGACUGUCCCAAACAGCUCCAUCAAAAGGAGGAGACGGACACGGAGGGCGAGGAGCUUCAGCCAAAAGACAUGACCACUGAGAAAGGAUACAAACUUCAGCGGAGCAGCCUCCCGUUUAGCGUUGAGUCGUUGAUUUCCAAGAAGACCACUACCUGUCGGACUUCUUAUUCCCCUUCAGAUUUAGCGCUGCCGAAGCCCCUAACCGGACAGUUCUCUCCAAGGACUCUUUACGCGGAGAGCAAGGUUUCAGCGGAGAGCUCGCAGGGUGUUUCCAGUAGUUCCAGCGAGGACAGUCCGCAGUUUUGUGAGAAAGAGCAGAGCACUUGGUUCCAGACGUCCUCCUUUUCUACUCCGCCGCGGAGCUCAAGUCCAACUCAGUGUACUUUACGGAAACACAAAAACAACAGGAAACCUCGCACGCCCUUCACUACCUCCCAGCUGCUGGCGCUGGAGCGCAAGUUCCGCCAGAAGCAGUACCUCUCCAUCGCCGAGAGAGCCGAGUUCUCCAACUCCCUCAACCUGACGGAGACUCAGGUCAAAAUUUGGUUUCAGAACCGGAGGGCCAAAGCCAAGAGACUGCAGGAGGCCGAGCUGGAGAAGUUUAAACUGGCCUCAAAGCCCAUCCUGCCCGCCUUUGCUCUGCCGCUCCCCCUCGGUGCGCACAUGGGCUCUCCAACGUGGGGCCCGUCAAACGCCUUCCCGAGGCCUAGUCUGCCGGUCCCGGGACUGUUCAGCGGACCCGUCACUUAUGGGAUGUACUAUUUGUCUUAGUAUUACUAAGUGUGUGUGUGUGUGUGUGUGUGUGUGUGUGUGUGUGUGUGUGUGUGUGUGUGUGUGCGCGCGCGAGUGUGUGUGUGUGGUGUGUUCUCUGUCAUGCAAUACACUUUCAAACGAGGUUGAUGCGUUUUAAACACCUCGGAAACAUUUUUGUAUUUUUAAUUUGGAGUUUAGAGAAAUUUUCUAGCCUCCAUAGUAAAAAAAAAAAAAAUCUAUUAAUUUUGGGACACGUUUUGAUAUAUCACUGUGCGUAAUUGGAGUGAGCUCUCGCUCUGCUCAUUUUCAGUGGAUUGUGGAUCCACAGGCCUAAAUUACUGAGGCAAUACUCCAAAAGUAAAUGUCAGGUUUUUAAACGACAUGCCUUAAAUAUCUCCUUUCCAGUCCACGCACCGUGCUCCUCAGUGGUUUGUGAAAGUGGACAUUUAAAGUGUGUCCAGACAUGACGGAGAUCAUCUGCUGAAGCGGAGGUUUUAAACGCAACAGAAAAAGUACUUAAACGGUGUCAGUGCCUUAAUUAAACCAGAGUAUCACUUGAAGUAUUUCUCCUCAUUCAGCAUUGACUGUUUCUGCUAAAACUGCAGUUUUCCGCAGAGUUGCUGUUUGAAUUUUCUGUCACAGUUUCUACAUUUUGUAAACAUGGAGCAAAAUUAUAUUUUUGAGGGAAAAAAACCCACAUACGUAUUAGAUCUGUUUUUUUCCUCACAGCGUGGCCUUUAUGGGAGUGUUAUAGAUUUUCUCUAGGAAUUUUGCUGUUAAUGUAAAUAAAAAUGUGUAGUUCAUAAUGUCCUGCAGCCUCGCGCGAGGAGCGGCGGGAAAUGUGGUAUUUAUUGAAUAUCUUUGUAUCUGUACUGUGUACAUACAUCACUCUAUCUAAAUGCUCAGUUACUUGUAAAAACUGAUUUUAGUAAAUAAACAUUAUA